GAAGCGGCGCGCGCCGCGGACUUCGGAUCCGUUGGCGAGGUCUGGACGGCUGUGUUCGUUCCCUGAAGAUGGAGCCGUAAGCCGAGCCUGAGGGGUAAAUCCUGACCCCUCUGGCCGCCGCCCUGUCGCUUUCGCCGUCAGGAGCCACCUUUCUCGUCAGACUUAAAAGCGUUCGAGUGGCCUGAAUCUCUGAGCAAAAUGGUCGCCAAGUCCCUGGGCGUUGGGCUUCCGCAGGCCCAGUGAAGAGAACCGAAGCUCCUUGAAGGACUGCUCACGGUCCCCAACCCUCUGCUCCUUGAAGGAUUCCCCGCACCCUCACCCCCUGCACUCAAAGCCGAGACACCCGCAACGGGAGGAGCAGGUACGGAGUGCAAUACCAACAUGUCCGUGUCCACUGAUGUUGUUGUAAGCACCUCGCAUCUUCCAGAUUCGGAACAAGAGACCCAGGUUAGACCAAAGCCAUUGCUUUUGAAGUUGUUAAAGUCUGUUGGUGCACAAAAAGACACCUACACUAUGAAAGAGGUCAUUUUUUAUCUUGGCCAAUAUAUUAUGACGAAAAGAUUAUAUGAUGAGAAACAACAACACAUUGUAUAUUGCUCAAAUGAUCUCCUGGGAGAUUUGUUUGGAGUGCCAAGUUUCUCUGUGAAAGAGCACAGGAAAAUAUAUACAAUGAUCUACAGAAAUUUGAUAGUAGUCAAUCAGCAGGAAACAUCAGAAUCUGUCACAUCUAUGAAUGAGAACAGAUGCUAUCUUGAGAGUGGGAAUGAUCAGAAGGGUCCUGGGCAAGAGCUGCAGGAAGAGAAGCCUUCAUCUUCACAUUUGGUUUCUAGAUCAUCUACCUCAUCUAGAAGGAGAGCAAUUAGUGAGACAGAGGAAAACUCAGAUGAAUUAUCUACUGAACAACAAAGGAAGCGCCACAAAUCUGAUAGUAUUUCCCUUUCCUUUGAUGAAAGCCUGGAUAUGUGUGCAAUAAGGCACAUGUGUCGUGAAAGAAGCAGUAGCAGUGAAUCAACAGAGACUCCCUCAAAUCCAGAUCUUGAUGAUGGUGUCAGUGAACAUUCAGGUGAUUGGUUGGAUCAGGAUUCAGUUGCUGAUUCUGAUCAGUUCAGUGUAGAAUUUGAAGUUGAAUCUCUUGAUUCAGAAGAUUAUAGCCUUAGUGAAGAAGGACAAGAACUCUCAGAUGAAGAUGAUGAGGUAUAUCGAGUUACUGUGUAUCAGACAGGGGAAAGUGAUACAGAUUCAUUUGAAGAAGAUCCUGAAAUUUCUGUAGCUGACUAUUGGAAGUGUACUUCGUGCAAUGAAAUGAAUCCUCCCCUUCCGUCACAUUGCAACAGAUGUUGGGCCCUUCGUGAGAAUUGGCUUCCAGAAGAUAAAGGGAAAGAUAAAAAGGAAAUCUAUGAGAAAGCCAAACUAGAAAAUUCAGCUCAGGCAGAAGAGGGCUUAGACGUGCCUGAUGGUAAAAAAAUGAUGGUGAGUGAGUCCAAAGAGUCAUGUGUUGAGGAAAAUGAGGAUGAACUCAUGCAAGCUUCCCAAUCACAAGAAAGUGAGGACUAUUCUCAACCAUCGACUUCCAGCACCAUUAUCAAUAAUAGCCAAGAAGACGUCAAAGACACUGAGAAAGAAGAAACACAAGAUGAAGAAAGUAUGAAAUCUAGCUUUUCUCUUAAUGCCAUUGAACCAUGUGUAAUUUGCCAAGGUCGACCUAAAAAUGGGUGUAUUGUUCAUGGUAAAACAGGACACCUUAUGUCAUGUUUCACGUGUGCAAAGAAGUUAAAGAAAAGGAAUAAGCCCUGCCCAGUAUGUAGACAACCAAUUCAAAUGAUUGUGCUAACUUAUUUCAGCUAGCUGAUUCGUUCCUCAAAAUGGAAUUAUAUAUUGUUAACUUAUAUAGCCCUAAAAAUAUAUAAACA